AUGCCCCGUGCCAGUGACAUCUGGAAAUAUGUAACCAGGAGAGAUGAGAAAACCACCGUGUGCAACAUCUGCAGCAAGGAGCUGGUCACCUCGGGCAGUGCCACUGUGCUCCGGCUGCACCUGGAGAGGAAUCAUCGCAUCCACUUUACAGAGGAGGCUGUUGACCACAAUACGCUGCAGGGAAACAGCAGAGCUGAGCGAAUCCCUCGCCUCCUGGCCAGCAAGGACAGAACUCCGAAAAUCACACAGCUGAUUGGGAUAGAUAGUCCUGUAACCUUCACGACAUACACCAGUAAGAGGAUAUCGGAUAUGCUGCGAGAGUGUGCAGCUCGAUUAGAGGCUGAUGAGGACCAGGAAAUCAACCCCUUUGCUGGAGUUAGUGAAUCCUGUACUGCAUUAGCUGAAGACGAGCUCUCCAUGGUGCUGCGAUCUUACCACCUGGCCAGGGAGGGGAGGAGGAAGGGAGGCGAGCUGAACUACAAUCGAGCCUCACCCGUGAGCUGCCAAGAAAAGUCCCAAACCUGGGAAUUCUUCAAGAAGCUGAACGAGCGCUGCGUGGAGUGCAGCCUCUGCCGGAAGCAGCUGUGCUACCACAACAGCAUGACCAGCCUACGUGAACACUUGAGACGCAAACACAACCUGAGUGAGCUCGAUCUUCGCCAGUCCCAGGACGAGGGAUCCUCGUCCUCUGAGUCCAUGGGGCAGGAGCCUGAAGUGAAGAAGAACAAGCCAGUGAGCAUCUCCGAUCUUGUCCUGCACGACGUCAGAUCCUGCUCAGAGAAAAGAGAGGAGGUGAUCAGUGACCUGAUCCUGGGAAUGGUUUUUCGAGACCUUCAGCCCCUCUCUCUCAUUAACAACGAGGGCUUUAAGAGGCUGCUUGGCUUUCUGGAGCCGAGUUAUAAAAUACCGUCAAGCACACUUUUAGCCACUAGCCUGAGACACAAAUACACCCUUGCCAAGUUACAGUUGGAGCACUAUCUACACUCAGUCCCAUCUCUGACUCUCUCCACUGAUACCUGGACUUCACAGGGCAAACAGACCUACCUCACCAUCGUGGGGCAUUUCAUUGACUGUCGCUGGCGCCUGGCACGCUGCGUACUCAAGACCACCCCCCAGUACAACCCAGCACCGGAUUACAUUGGUGAGCUGCUCUUCUCGGUCAUCGGCGAGUUUGGCAUCUCCAGCAAGGCGGUGAGCUGUGUGGUGCACGACAGCACGGGCAGCCUGCUGAGCAGCUCGCGCCUGCUGCAGGAGCGCUUUGGCUGGUCCAGUCUGUGCUGCGCCGGCCGCAUGCUGCAGCUGUGCAUCAAACUGGGGCUGCAAGUGGAGCAGGUGCAGCACACGCUGAGCGUCGCUCGGCGCGUCGUCAACCACUUCAUUCACAGCACCCGGGCAAAUGCCGAGCUCAGUGCCAAGCUGGCAGAGAUGAACAAAGAGAGGCUGACGUUGGUCAUGGACGCUGCUACUCACUGGAGCAGCACCUUGGACAUGUGCGAGAGACUGCUGGAGUUGCGCUGGACAGUAAGCAUGGUGCUGGAAGAGGAUCGAACUGGGCACCUGACUGUUCCAAACCUGUCUGAUCACCAGUGGAAACUUCUGCAGGAUCUGCUGCCCAUCCUCAAGACUCUUAAAGUGGCCUCAUCUUUCUUAAGUGAAGAGCAAAAUGCCUCCGUGUCCUCCUUGGUCCCCUGUCUUCAUGGAGUGAUGACAGCCCUCAUGCAUCACCACAGUGACCAAGGCUGUAUCAUCAGAACAGUGAGUGCAAAGAUCAGGACAGAGAUUGCCAAACGCUGGCACCUCCCUGACGAUGACGAGAUGAUGGAGAGUCCCGCCAUUGUGGCCUCCUUUUUAGACCCACGAUUCAAGGACCUCCGCUUCCUGAGCGCCGACACACGAGACAAGGUCCACAACAAGGUGAAGAACAUGCUGUCCAGUGCCGUGCCCAGUCCUCAGUCCCACUCGUCCAGCUCCUCCUCAGACGAGCACAACGCCACAGUACACGAGCCAGGCAGCAAACACCGUGAUCGCAAGGGCAGCCACAAGCCCAGCCAGUGCGAGUACGACCUCCUGUUCGGUGAAGAUCCCACUGAACGGAUGCCGGAGAUUCACCAGCAGCUAGAGAGUUACCUUGCCGAGCCCCUGCGCAAACGCAACACCAACCCCUUCGAGUGGUGGAGAAACAAUGAGCAUCGCUUCCCAGCCGUGGCCAGCCUGGCCAAACAAUACCUGGCCAUUCCUGCUGCCUCUGUCUCCGCUACCACAGCUUUCUUCUGUUCCAGUAACAUUCCAGACCAGACCAGAUCAGCUCUGCUACCAGGCGACAUCGACCAGAUCCUGUUCUUGCACAAAAACUUUGAUUAUAUCGAAUCACUAAGGAGGAGCAGCAGUGAAAUUCUGAUGGGCAAAGUGUGGAUUAACCUUGAUCCCUUUAAACAGGUGGGGAUCAACAAGUGA